AUGGCUCCAACACCUUCACUCCAACAUCGACGAACCCACAACUUGCUACUCAUCUCAAAAUUGCUGAACCAACGCGAUGCAUCGUCACCGUUCACCCUGAUAUUCGAUAGCCUCGAGCAGUCGGGAAAACCGCUGUUGGCCGAGUACGUGAAGCGAGCAAAUACUUCCAAAGUACAAGUCGUCUUUGUCUCGUUUGAGACACUGCGCAAGCCGCGGGAUGUUGAUGUCUUUGUCGAGGCCUGGAAACAGAGUUUGCAGGCUUGGCAGAAGGCCGUGGUGGAUUGUUUGAAAGUCGACCAAAGUCAGAAAAAGCUCUUGGUCUUCGACAGUCUCAACACUCUGGCCGCUACACAAAGCUCAAAUCUUCCGGGUCUGCUAUCAGCCUUCAUCACUCCAACUACGUCUCUGCUCGCACUUUACCAUACCGAUGUCCCCAUAGCAACGUCCGGUCCUGGAGGUCGAGACGCAUACUCACCUUCAGCUCUGACUCUGCUGAGAUACUUGGCUACGACGAUCUUCACGACUCAUUCCAUACAUCACGUCCUGGCAAGGAAAGCAGCACGGGACAGGAGCUUUGCAGAACCAUCGUUUGGUCUGGAAGAAGGCGUUGAAGGCGUCUUGCAAGGCCUGGGUGCGAACGGGUCUGAUGGCCUGGUGCUGGAGAUGGAGCAUCGGAGGAAGAGUGGAAGGGGUGUGCGGGAGUGGUAUUUCUUGCCCAUACGAGAUGAUGUUCUGAAAGCCACGCCAUCGGUUGGCAGGGCGAGAGAGAUUGUUACGUUACUCGAAGACCAUCCUCAAUACCGAUCGCCGGAAGAGUCGACCGCUGGUGCUCAGGAAGGCGAUGGAGAAGCUGGAACGACAUUUGAGCUUGGUCUUACCGACAAGCAGAGACGUGAUAGAGAAGGGGUCGUCCUGCCAUACUUCGAUGCGCAGAAAGGUGGCGGAGAGGGAGGACGGAUUCUGUACGACAUGGGCGAGGAGGAUGACUUUGAUGAGGAAGAAGACGAGAUAUGA